GUCGCUUACUGCUGAUAAGCGGCGGGCUUGUUUAAAAGCGACCUGCUCCACGAUGGCUGUAGUGGAUCACCAGUGACAGAAAGAAGCAGCGCCACAGGCAGCCACCAUGCUCGGUGUACAGCGCCCUCUACUGGUCGUCUGGGUGUGCUUGCUGAUCCCAGGCAGCCACGGGAAGUACAACAAUGGUUUCUACUACCAUGACUUCACCAAUGGCAACGGCAACGGAGAGAUCUACUACAAUGGGGUGCGUCUUUACGUGGAGUCCCCGCAGCCCUCGGUCUCGGCCAUCAGGGGCAGCAGCAUCACCCUUCCCUGUCACUUCCGCUACGAGCCCGAGCUCAACAUCCCGCGCAGGACGCGAGUGAAAUGGUCCUGGCUACCCGCCCUCUCCCUCAACGGGCACGCCACGCCUUCCACCGCCGCGGUCACCAUGGAAACGGAGGUGAUGGUUGCGAUGGGUAACCGUCAUCGCAGCUACGGCAGCUUCCGGGGCCGCGUGCGCCUCCGUCGAUCGACGCCAGGCGACAUGUCGCUGGUGAUCAACGAGCUCCAGCUCAACGACACGGGGCGCUACCGCUGCGAGGUCAUCGACGGCCUGGAGGAUGAGAGUGUGACGGUGGAUCUAGAACUGCGUGGAGUGGUAUUUCCCUACUACUCACAGAAAGGACGCUACCAUUUCAACUUCCUGGAGGCCCAGAAAGCAUGUGUAGAGCAAGACGGCACAUUGGCCACGUUUGAGCAACUUUUCACAGCGUGGGAGGAGGGGCUAGACUGGUGCAAUGCUGGCUGGUUGGCUGACGGUACAGUGCAGUAUCCAAUCACUGUGCCACGCGAGGGCUGUGGCGGUGUGGACUUGGCCCCGGGAAUGCGCAGCUAUGGGCAUCGCCAUGUCCUCCACCGUUUUGAUGCUUUCUGCUUUGCUGCUAAUGUCAAGGGGACUGUGUACUUCUUAAAACAUCCGUCCAAGCUCAACUUCACCGAAGCAGUCCAGGCAUGUGCCAACAACGGUGGCCAAAUUGCCAAAGUGGGGCAGCUCUACGCGGCAUGGAGGCUGAUGGGAUUGGAUCAAUGCGAUGCCGGAUGGUUGGCUGACGGCAGUGUCCGUUACCCCAUUGCGAAAGCCAGGCCUAACUGCGGACCGGCAGAACCAGGGGUGCGUAGCUUUGGCUUUCCCCCUCAGCACCAGAAAUUUAGCGUUUACUGCUAUCAGUAGACCUCGGUUAGACUCGAUGUAAACAAAACAUGAAAACACGCUUAGCCAAACUAUUCUCACAAUGCACUGAUGUAAAGCUUGGCCCCGGAGGCUAAUGCUAGCGUUAGCUUUAGCCUGGUGGAAAGUUACCAUUUCCGCUCAGCCAGUUCAGUUGGCAUUGAACCAAGUAUUUUGAGGUCAAAUCAUUUUGAUUACUUUUUCACCGCCAUAAGAACUCUGUGUAUUUGUGUUGCAUCUUAUUAAUGGACAGCACUUUCUGAGCUGCUGUAGUGUGUGUUAUUUGAAAGUACUAGUAUGUGCUAUUGUUCCCAGGGAAAAGUAUUCACAGAAAAUAUCAAUGUCUUACCUCAAAGAUAUUCUAAGGAGAAAGGGAACCAACGACAACAACUUUCUCUCCAGCUCUCAUAAAUUUGCUCUCACUUUAAAUUCGGGUGACAAACUCUCAGACUAGCUAUUGACCCAUCUGCACUAGUAUACACCCCAUUUCUUUAUUCUCACCCCAUCAGCUGUAGUUCACAGACGAUUUAAGUCCUACUCAGGGAAGGUAGAUGCAUGCAGCAAAGUCAUCAUUUUCAGUUUUGAUAAUAUUAUUUCAACAUUGUCCACUCAUAUGUUAAUGUCAAAAUUAAGUGAUGCAUUGUGGGGUUUUUUUAACUUAAUUUUCUUAUCCAGGGAAGGAUUUUUAGCCACGCAGUCUUUGUCAGCCACAUUCACAUGGUUCACAUAAAUAGUAUUCACAUGUAGGAACUGUUCAGGACGUCCACAGUCCUCCACCAAGCAGCUUCACUGGGGCAGUUGGUGUCUUGUUCAAAGGAAUCUCAGUGGUGGUUUUUGAGGAAAGUGACAAUAACAUUCAUUUGCCAACAUUUUCUAGUCCUGUGAAUGUCCAGUCACCAACCCUCCAGUCUUGAAAUGACUCUGCCUCCUGAUGUUUCAUCCCAACAUGAGUACCACUGCCACAUAGACUGGACUCUCUCCUCCACUGCUCACAUGUUUUAUAUCCCAGUGUAAAAGCUAUUCGCUGUCUUUCUUUUUCUUAUUCUUCGGAGGUUGAGAAGAGUGGACUGUGAUAUACUACAGAUGUGCAGUUAAGUGUGUGAUUGUUAGUUGGUGUCAUCAUUUUUAAACUAACCUUGUGAAGAAGAAACGGUGCUUAGUUAUAUGCCAUUUUCUUUUUAUUAUUAUCAUAUGGCUGCAUAUUUUGUACUGUUAUCUACAAUUUAAUAAAAACACUUUGA